GGCUGUGGAAAAGAUUAUAAAGCCAAAUUCCGAUCAUUAUUUUUCAAUCUCAAAGAUAAAAACAACGAGAGUCUUAGAGCUCGUGUGCUUUCUGGAGAAUUAGAGCCGCAUGAGCUUGUUCGAUUGACACCUGAGGAAUUGGCAAAUCCAGAAUUGCAGAGCAUUGCUGAGGAAGUGAGGAAGAGAAGUAUUCAUGAUUCUGUAUUGACCAUUGAGCAAGAA